UCGCCUUGCUCUCUCUGCGCCCCUCUCACACUUUCAGCUGCACAAACAAGCUCCGCAGUACGGACUGUUUCUACCAGGACGCCAUACGCGCGUCUUUUAACUUUUCACCAUGAGUAUCGUGGGCUCUGAGAGUGUGUUUUUGUCCGCCUUAAAGCCCAACACCUCGGUCACCACCUAUGGGCUCCCGUCGGAGAUCCACCUGGGGAACGGGGGCACGAUGUCGGACGAGAUGACCCGAGCGCGACGUGUGCAGCAGCAGGUCCAGAUGAGACUGGCGGAGAAGUCCACACUUCCGCGUCAAAAUGGAUCAACUUCACACUACGCCAUGUCAGACUACGGCGGUGCUUCAACAUUGAAACAUCAGACCAACAAUCCAAGCUACAGCUCCAAGUCAUCCUACAUGUACUCAGGCUCCAAAACAAUGGGUCCACGCAUCUCCCAGAAGGCGGGUUUCAGUGCCCGAUCUGCUGGUGCAGACUUGGCCACGCUGCACAAGAUCAGUGUUGGGGGAAUGGGAGGUGGUGGUGGGAACGGUGGGGCUGUCUACCAAAGUGGCGGAUACCAAAGUGGCGGAUACCAAAGUGGCGGACAACAAAGUGCGGGGUACCAAAGUGGAGGAUACCAAAGUGGAGGAUACCAAAGUGGGGGAUACCAAAGUGGGGGAUAUCAAAGUGGCGGCAUGCAAACUGGCGGCAUGCAAAUUGGCGGCUUACAAAGUGGCGGCUUACAAAGUGGCGGCUACCAAGGUGGCGGCUACCAAACGGCCGUCAUGCAAACAAGACAAGUGGACCCAGAGACCCUCUCCAUGAACGCAGUGCGGCAGCACACGGCGCAGGUGAAUCCCGGGUGGGUUGAUACGAGCGAUGCCUACAGCAUGGUCUCUGAGCGUGACGCCACCUAUGGCCGCCAGUAUGCACAAAGCGCAGUCAACGGCUACGCCACCCAGGUCAGGCAAGGAGGCUCCAUGACCUUUAACUCUCCCAUGCACCGAUCUCUUAGUGGCACUCUUGGCCGCAGCGGAGAAAUGACAGGAGGAGAAGUGGAGGUCACACAGCAGCACUCCUACAAAGGCCCGGCCCACCGCACCAUCAACAGGAUUACAAACAGAAACCGGAUGAGCACCGGCUCCUUGCCUGGGCAGCAGAUCUUGUCCAGUGGGAGUGUGUAUAGUAGUGGGGGGGACAGAAUGGAUGCAGGAUAUGGAAUGGCCCAGCGUCAGGGCACUAUGUCUCGUGCCCAGUCGAUCAAAAGCAUGCACAGUGUGGGCAGGGGCAUGGACGUCUUCGGGCAGAUGGAUAUGGGAGCCAGCAUGGGAAACCUCAGCGGGAUCAACUCCUUGGACAUGCCAUCAGCAGUGCAUAACCUGACAGAGGAGGACCAUGGCCUGCAGGUCCUGGGUGCCGCCUACAUUCAACACGAGUGUUACAGUGACAACGAUGCCAAAAAUGAGGUGCGUCAUUUGAAGGGAAUCAGUGAGCUAGUGAAGCUCUUCAACUCCGAAAACCAGGAAGUGCAGCGUUAUGCCACCGGUGCAACACGCAACCUCAUCUAUGAGAAUAUGGACAACAAGGUGGCCCUGAUCGAGGAGGGCGGCAUCCCACAGCUGGUCGAAGCACUGAAGGAAAAAGACGAUGAGCUCCACAAAAACAUCACUGGUAUCUUGUGGAACCUUUCCUCCAAAGACAACCUGAAGGAGAAACUGGCCAAGGAGACCCUCCCAGAGCUGACGGAGAACAUCCUCAUCCCUAUGUCAGGCAAAGACACUGAUGGCUACCAGCAGACGGCCUCUGAGGCAGACAUUUUCUACAACACCACAGGAUGCCUCAGGAAUAUGAGCUCUGUGAACAAGAAGACCCGUCAGCAGAUGAGAGAACAACCCGGACUGGUGGACUCUUUGGUCUGCUACAUCAAGAACUCCCUCGAGGACGGCAAGGCAGAAGACAAGGGCGUGGAAAAUGCAAUGUGUGUCUUGAGGAACCUCUCCUACCAGCUGUACGGCGAGAUGUCUCCAACUACUCUGAUGCGCCUAGAAGGACCAAAUAGAGCUCAGGGCUCAGGAAAGGGCGACGCCAUUGGUUGCUAUACACCUCAGGGACGGAAAGCCAAAAAUAGAAAGAACCAGGACAUCUCCACUUUCACCGAGGUGGCCCGGGUGCCAAAAGGCGCCGAGUGGCUCUGGCAUCCACAGAUUGUGGGCGUUUAUAACCGUGUGUUGCAAGACUGCGAGGUCAACUCUACCACCCGCGAGGCGGCUGCUGGAGCUCUUCAGAACAUCACCGCUGGAGACAACAGGUGGGCGUCAGUGCUGAGCCUGGUGGCUCUGGAGCAGGAGCGCAUCCUGCCACAGGUGCAGAACCGCAUGCAGACCAGCAAUGACCUGGAGCUGCGAUCCCUCACAGGCUUCUUACGAAAUCUGUCCCGCCAUGCCAGGGAUAAGAAUGACAUGGCCUCAAAGGUGGUGAACAACUUGGUGGCCAAGCUGCCUGACGAUGGGAGCCAGAAGGACCCCUCUAGCGAUGUGGUGGUGAACAUCUGUGGAGUUCUCAAUAAUUUGGUGACCAGCAGCUCUAUAGCUGCCAGAGACAUCACAUACUUUGAUGGCCUGCCAAAACUGAUCAGCAUCAAGACCAUGACGGGCACCUGCAGCACGGGGAGGAUGAAAGCAGCCAAAGCAGCAUCAACAGUUCUCAGCAACAUGUUCCAGUACAAGAAACUGCACAAAAGCUACAAAGAGAAAGGGUAUGGGAAACAAGAUUUUGUAGAUAUGAUGAUCUAAAACAAAAGGCAGUGGUGAAGAGGCCUGCUCUCCACCAGCCCCCAGUGGAGCAAAGAGACUGUUUGUACUAUUCAAAGAUACUUUUUUAGGAUGAGAACAUGGACACACAAGUGAGGGAGGAUCUACACAGAGGAAAACAACUUCCUGUGUAUUUUUUUUACUCGACAGACCGUUCAAGAAUUUUGGAUCCGGCACGACUACUGAUGGACACAAAUGUGUGCACCUUAACCAUUUACUCUUUUUGUUUAAACACUGUAUGUUUUAGUGUGGAAUCAGGGAUUUGUUUUUUAUCAGAGUAACAUUUAUUUAGAUAUAAUUUCAGCUGUUUUUUUUUGCGGAUGACAACUGUUGAUGCACAGAACAGCACAGAAUGAAUGGAUUGAAGUGUGGUACAAACAUGCUGUUCUUGUAUAUAUUACUUCUUCUUUUAAAAAUAAAUCAAAUGUUUUUGUACUUUGCACCCACACUAUGUACUUAGUUCUUGUAGUUUAAGGAUGGAUAAAUGUGUUUAUAAAUGAGUCAAUAUUAUAACAUGGUUAUAAUUGAAUUUAUAGCAAAUUGGAUGUUAAUACUUAUGAUUAAGAAAUCUAGGAAUAAUGAAUGUAUCUCCAAAGUUGACUUUUGUGUUUAGUUCUGUGCUUUGCAAAAUCGCCGUCGUGUCAUACAUUUGUAGUUGUUUUGUCAAACACAACUCGUAGUCUCAUCAUGUCUGUUUGCUUCUUCAGUAGCCUAUUAAACCUGCUGUUUGUGUACUUUAUUAAGUGUGAGUGUACAAAGAAUACAGUGCUCACUUUAUUUCAAAACAUAUAUCAUAUGGUGAUAAUGAUGUUUUGUUUUUGAGGUGUUAUAGCAAAAUCUAACACGGACCCCAGACCUCAUUGAAACUCAUAAAUUGGCAAGUAGGAUAUUCUAAUUAAAUGUGUUAUUGUUCAUACAAAUUUUUUAUUUCAAAACUUACAUUUUUAAUAAUAUUUAUUGCUCUGGCAUAAAUGGUUUCCCUUUUAUUUUGUAGGACUUCUAACUGCUUUAAGAUUUGCUUUUGUUGUGUACAGGCAGAUGUAUCAUCAUAUUUUUCAUCUAAUAAAGAGACCGAUUUGAAAUGUCA